AUGCAGUCUCAUGGGCAUGAUGGACCGGGUCACGAUACCACAGCGACCUCGGAGAGCAGUGCUGCCUUGUACAGGGCACGGGGUGGUGCUUCGUCGCGAGACAGUCCUCUAGGGUCACGGAACACUAGGCUACGAUCUGAAGACUCGUGGAUCGAAGUGUCCUCGCAACCAUCUACGUCUUCACUAUCAUCGGCUGCGACCACCGACGAUAUCAUCACAACAGGUCUCCGAGUAGAAAGAUCAGACCCGCGCAUAUCUCGGCUUCGGAAUAAGCGGAAACGAACAAAGCAGCAUAUGUCACUACUCCAGGAUUCUUCGCGGGAAUCAAGCUUAGCCGGCAGCAGCCAGGAUGAAUACGAUGAAAGCGACAGCGAGUCCGAUAAAGUCAUGAGUGGUUCCAACGAAGAUAUUACGGCACAAUCGCAAGGCGAUGCUCUACUCUUGCGCCAUGGAUCCAUGUCGGAAAAUACGUCGUCAGGAGAGGAUGAUGAAGAUGAUCGGUCAACAGCGUUAGGGCCGCGAAUAAGCUCAUCGCCAUUUGUUCCGCAACCGAAUGCAUUUUCACACGCCCCGCAAUAUUCUCGAUCACGAUCUUAUAAUGGCCCCGGAACUACACCAAGUCUUGUGUCUAACAGUAGUCAAGCUACCGCUAUACGACACAACUCAAGUUCAACUGUACGCAACACUCGGAGGAGUAGCCGCACGCAACAUGUACCAUAUAAUAUGAUUUCUCCAAGUUACCAGGCAGACCAUGACGCUGCCCUUCGUGCCAGUCUGUCUACUCUGCUUUCACUGGGUACAGCUGUACGAGGUGCGCCAAAGAAUGAUAGUCCGCCGACACCUGCAGGUCCACAAAUUGCACCAGCAUCUUCAUUCCGUCUUGUGUCUGAAUCAGUGGCUAUGGGUGAAGAAACAGAUGACGCUGGUCGUGCACCGAGGAUGAUCCCCGGAACCCCUCGAACAGACGCUCGAAAUAUGCAACAGCCCAAACCCCCUCGCUCCAUCUCAUCUUCUGCACCUUCCAAGGGCAAGAGGAAAGCAUCCAAAGAUCGCGGCUCAUCUCAUACAGCAGCUUCCAAGAAAUCGCGACAAACCAGCAUGAGCGGUUCACUAGUUGGUGUUAGCCCUACUCUAAUGACAUGGGUUAUUAGUGCCGGUGUUGUUGUGUUAUUCUCGGCGAUCAGUUUCUCAGCCGGAUACGCUCUUGGCCGUGAAGUUGGCCGAACAGAAAUGGGCAUGGAAUCGAUGGUUGGCGGGAGCACGUCAGAUCAAUUCACUACAUCGGCCAACUGUGGCACAAAUGCAGUGAAAGGCAGCCUCAAGCGAUUGCGAUGGGGAGGCACUGCCAGUGGUGUGAGUGUCAACUGA